UGCGCCUCACACACACGCAACCCUUUCUCUCUUUCUCUCUGCAAUUCCCUUCAAUUUCAUUCUCCUCCUUCGAGAAACACCCUGUUUUAAAUUCCCCAAAAACCACAAAAAUAAAGUUCCAAUCUUUCUACCCAGAACCACUCCAACUUCUUCUCUCAGGGUGGUCUCCAUGGCGGCUUGAGAUGAGGACCAUGGCUUCCAUCAUGGGGGCCAUGGCUUCUAUGUUUGCAUAGUUGAAAAGGUGAAUAAAGUUCUUUGCGCGUGUCCCGUCCUCUUCUCCAAUCCUUGACAUACACACGCAUCCCUAAGAGCUCUUGUUCUCUAUUUCAAAGACGUAUCGGUAUAUACAUAAGUAAAAUGGAGGUCAAGCUAUGGAAUGACAAGCGUGAAAGAGAAAUGUAUGAAAAUUUCUCUGAGUUAUACGCCAUUAUAAAGGCCACUGAGAAGCUUGAAAGGGCAUACAUUCGCGACGUGAUCUCUUCAUCAGCGUAUGAGACUGAAUGCCAGAAACUCAUUGCUCACUUUAAGACUUUGUCUUCCACGCUUAAAGACACCAUCCCAAGCAUUGAGCGCUUUGCAGAUACAUAUAAGAUGGACUGCCCAGCAGCUAUAAACCGCCUUGUGACCUCUGGGGUUCCUGCCACAGUGGAGCACAGGGCUGCUGCAGCUUCUUCCAUGACUUCAUCGGCCGCUGCUGUGGCAGAGUGCACACAGAAUUUCAUUACGGCAAUGGACUCAUUGAAGUUGAAUAUGAUUGCAGUUGAUCAGGUGCACCCCCUACUCUCGGACCUCGCAACAUCUCUCAAUAAGUUGACCUUUCUGCCACCGGAUUUCUUGGGGAAGGUGAAGUUGAAGGAAUGGAUUGCAAGGCUGGCAAAGAUGGGCGCAGCCGAUGAGUUGACAGAGCAACAGGCCAGGCAGCUUCACUUUGAUCUCGAAUCAUCCUACAACUCAUUUAUGGCAGCUUUACCCAAUGCUGGUAAUUGAUUGAUGGUCGGAGUAGUUUGUCAAUAUUUGGGUGCGGUGUUUCUCCGUGGGAGGUUCGAUAUAUAGCGUUUUGUGUGGAUACAGCUACUUGUUGGAACCUCAAUGAUUUCUUAGAAGGGUUCCUAAUUUUCUGCAGCCUAUAUAUUUUGCGUAUGACUGCAAUUCUGAACUAAAUAUUAGUAUUUUUGUGCAAUCAAACUAUAUUCUAGAAGUACUGAAAGUUGGUUUCCAGAUUUGUAAUGCUUGAUUUAAAUGAAUGGGGAUGCUCCAUUACAGGGCACUUGAGAAACUAA